AUGACGGGGCAGUCUUUCCUGCGCAACGGUGACCGCCAUGACUACGAUCCCGAAAGAUGGCAAGCGAGUCCUGUCGAUUUGCCGAAACGAUUGCCAGUCACUGGCCUCAAGGUACUCGUGGUAGGAGCUGGUACGGGGGGGCUGAUGUCUGCGUUAGAGUGUUGGCGUAAUGGUCAUGAAGUCGUAGGUAUAUUGGAACGAAGCGAGAAUCCCGUGUUUGCGGGCGACAUCAUUAUCUUCGGACCAUCAGCCAUAAGGACACUGCGGCAUUGGCCACAAAUGUGCAAGGAGCUGGCAGAAGACAGCCGCGACAGCGAGACAUAUUACCGCAGGCAUUACGGUGAGUUGAUCUUAGGCCCCUCAGUGCCGAUAUACAACGACCCGGAGUAUCUGGAAGAGCGUCGAGGCCUGCCUUUCGUGGCACCGUUCCAGAUACGACGGAAGUUCCAUGAGAUGCUUCUUCGGCAAGUCGCUCGAAUAGGCCUCGAGGUUCAGUACGGCCAGCGUGCUGAGAAGUAUUUCGAAAAUGACUCGAUCGGGGUGGGUGGUGUGCUCACACAGGACGGAGUGCAAUAUGUCGCCGAUUUGGUCAUCGCGGCCGAUGGCCACCACUCGAAUUCUGAACUUCUCAUCGCCGACAAGCGUCUGCCCACACGCUCAAGUGGCAUGUCGGUAUACCGCACAGCGUUUCCAACCGAAUUGGCGAUGCGCAAUGACGCCUUCCGAAAGCAGUGGGGCGAGCGCGCCAAAAAGGACACUUCGCAAGAGUACUGGCUGGGACCAGGAAUGCACAUUGGCAUCCUGAUUUCGCCAGAUCUUGUUGCCUGGGGGUUGACGCCUCGGGACCAGUUCUUGUUACCAGGCGGCAGUGAGCCAAAGGAAUCUUGGGAUCCAGAUGUCAGCUCGCAGGAGGUAUUAGCUGUGCUGAACCGCGUCCCAGACUGGCAUCCCGCUAUUCAAGGUCUUGUCAGUUCGACUCCUGAAGGUUCAAUAACCCACUGGCCCUUACUCUGGCGCAAUUUGCGCCCUGAGUGGACAUCAAAGAGUGGAAGAGUGGUGCAGGUUGGAGAUGCAGCGCAUACCACUGUCCCAUCCUCGGUCAGCGGAGGUACCUUGGCGAUUGAAGACGCUGUAACCCUCGCGGCUUGCCUAAGACAUGCUUGUACCAAUAACGCCUCUAGAGGCGGGCCCUUGGGUGCACGUGUCUAUAACUUGCUGCGCUAUGAGCGCGCUAGCUGCGUCCAGAAGAUGGCAUUCGUGAACUCUCAGCUCAUGGGCGCAACCAAUUGGGAAAACAUCCGAAAGGAUCCAAAACAGAUUCGGCUCAAGUUUCCGAAGUGGGUCUUUCGACAUGAUGUGGAGACAUACGUCGACGACAAGUUCAGCCAGGCUCAGGCCCACGUGCUGGAAGGCCGAUCCUUCAGGAAUACUAACAUCCCGGCCGGCCAUGUAUUUAAGCCUUGGACAAUUGAAGAAAUUCACAAAGACAUUGCAGAAGGCAAGGUUAUCGCGGAUUUCCUGGACGGCGAUUGGUCAUGA